AUCCUCAAACUUUGCUACAAAAUCAUCACCCGAAAGCCUCAUUUUCAAGCAAAAUUAUAACCCCAAAAUGGCCAAAUCCAAAACCUCUUCUUCAUCAUCUUCCAUCUCAGGCAAAACUUUUACAGCUUUGGGAAACCUUAUCAAGCUCCUACCAACAGGAACUGUCUUCAUAUUCCAGUUCCUUAACCCUGUUUUAACCAACAAUGGCCAUUGCAGCCCUGUCAACAAGUUCUUCACCAGCAUCCUCAUUGGCCUUUGUGGCUUCUCCUGUGCUUUCUCUUGCUUUACAGACAGCUACACAGGCAGUGAUGGGAUGGUUCAUUAUGGUAUAGCCACGGUGAAUGGCUUUUGGCCUUCUUCGGAUAAGGGACCGAGUAAUAAGUCAAGCUACAAGCUGAGGAUUGGUGACUUUGUUCAUGCAUUUUUUUCGGUGAUCGUCUUUGCUGUGUUGUCCCUGUUGGAUUCUAACACCGUACGAUGUUUUUAUCCAGCUUUUGAGUCCACCGAGAACGCUUUGCUCAUGGUUUUGCCUCCGGUAAUCGGUGCAAUUUCGGGUGCAGUUUUCAUGACAUUCCCUGACACCCGCCAUGGCAUAGGCUACCGUUCAAGUGAUUCCUCAAACUCUAAUUCCGACGACUCCCCGAACAAAUAAAUUAAUUGGUUAAGGUUUUCUUUGAAUGAAGUGUUUGUUUGGUUUCAUUCCACUUCCAAAGUUUAGUGCACGUCAAAUUAACAGUUUCCUAUCGCAUUCGAAUCAUCAUCCAAACGGAACCGUACUAUUAGAAAAAAAAAAAAGAAGGGAUGUCAAUUGCAUGCCGUCACCCUUGAAUUAU